AUGUGUCGACCAGCUUCUCGGCUUCCGGUGCCGUCGUCCGGCCUCCUGCACUUUCUCCAGCAGCAGUCCGAACGGCUUUUUGCAGCCGAGAACAUCGGGAUAUUCCAGCGGGAGAAUAUACAAGAGCGAAGACGGCACGUGGCAGCACCAGCACCAGCACCAGCAUACGCUACUGCCGGGCCCAGGCGAGGCAGCCGGUGUUUCCGUGAUAUGGUGACCACGAGGGCAGCCGUCCCAGCGACACAGCCGCGAUGGCCGGCUGCACGCAUAAUUUCACAGCCACUGCCGCUGUCGUCGACGUCCGGCCAGACGGUCUGCUUCUCGACCUCACGACCGGUCAGGUCAUGGAGAAGCUGGAGGUCAGGCGAGAAGCAGCUGCAGCGGCGGCAGAGGGUGUUGCAGGACCUGAAGGCAUGGCAGGAGCGGUUUUGGGGAGGGCAUUGGGGCUGGAGCAGCAGCAGCAACGGCGGUGGUGGCGGCAGCAGCGACAGCCGAGUGGCAGCGAUGCUGCUGCCGGGCGAUCUGCCGGACCACAGAGCAGGAGCGGAGUUUGCGUCGGUCAUGUUCAACGCGCGACGGUUGCAGACGGCCAAGGCGGCGCUGGAGCCGCGACUACGCUGUACGGAGGUGGACGAGAACGGCGAGGUGAUCCUGGUGGACGGCGAGUUCAAGAAGACGGAGCUGAUUGCCAAGUACGGGCUGCUGCCACGCGACUUGCGCAAGAUCGACUCGUCCAACCUGCCGCACAUCCUGGUGCGACCGGCGGCCAUCUUGUUGAACCUGCUGCACCUCAAGGUGCUGAUCAAGGCCGACCGCGUGCUGCUGUUUGACGUGUACGGGUCCAAGACGUCGUACCCGCAGUCGGCCUUUCUGUACGAUCUGCAGGAGCGGUUGCAGCAGAGGCCAGCCGGGGCAAGCCAGACCACGGCCGAGACGGUGUCGAAGGUGACCUCGCGCCAAACCACAGGCCACAAAGGCCACAGAAAGACGCCGACGUCAGUGGCGCCCGGGCUCGGCGGGCUGCCGUACGAGUUCCGGGCACUGGAGGCGGUGCUGCUAUCGGUAACGUCGGAGCUGGAGGCCGAGUUCGACACGGUGCGCGAGCCGGUGAUCCGCAUCCUCAGCGAGUUGGAGGAGGACAUCACGCGCGACAAGCUGCGGCUGCUGCUGGUGCUGUCGAAAAAGGUCAACACGUUUGAGCAAAAGGCCAAGCUGGUGCGCGACGCCAUCGAGGAGCUGCUCGAGGCCGACGACGACCUGGCGGCCAUGUAUCUGACCGAGAAGAAGCACGACCUCUUCCGCGGCGAGGACGACCACACCGAGGUCGAGAUGCUGCUCGAGUCGUACCAUAAGAUCUGCGACGAGGUGGCCCAGGAGGCCGGCAGUCUGGUGUUGAGCAUUCGCAACACGGAAGAGAUCAUUCGCGCUAUCCUGGACGCCAACCGCAACGCCCUUAUGCUGCUCGAGCUCAAGUUCAGCAUCGGCACGCUGGGCCUCGCCAUGGGCACCUUUUUGGCCGGUCUGUACGGCAUGAACCUGGAGAAUUUUAUCGAGGAGACCAACUGGGGCUUUGGCAGCGUCACCACCCUGUCCUUUGCCUUUUCCCUGCUGGUUUGCUGGUACGGCCUGGUGAAGCUGCGCAAGGUCCAGCGCGUCAAGAUGCACGGCGGCGGCGGUGGAGGCGGUGGAGGCGGCGGAGGCUUCAACUUUGGGUCUGGCGGUGAUUUUGGAGGCCUCGGCUACAGCGUCGGAAACGCGCCGCUGGACGCACAUAGCCAGGAACGUCUGCGGCGACUAGGCAUGCGCGGUUCCCUGAUGCAAAAGAAUAACCUACCUGUCAAUAAUCGCUUCCCACUGCACCAAUCUGUCCAUCCGAUCGUCACCAACAUGGGUGCCGUUCUGUCCUGUAUCCAAGGCGUCUUGCGUGCCAUUGGCAAUUGUCUCAUGGCAAUUGUCAACGCCAUCGGCUCCAUCUUAAUGGCCAUUGUUAAUGGCGUUGUCACAGUUUUCGAUGUGUUUCCUAACGUGCCAGACUUGUCGCGGCGGAGGAAUGCGUCGUCGGAGAGGCCACACGAGUAG